CGCUGUGAUUGGUUGACCGUCGGCACUGACCAGUCACAGAGCUCCGGACUCCAGAGGCUCGGGGAGACCACACAGUGCGCACGUGCUGCUGUCAGAGCCGGUAACGGGACACCGGGGACCCCCCCAUCCCCUUCACCCCGGUGUCCAGUAUAUAACGGACAAACAAACAAGUCGCCAUUUAAAAGUCACUGCUUUUCUCUCGGUGUCCGUGGGUGGGUGUGUAUUCUCCCUGUGUAUUUACCCGGUGUAUUCUCCCGGUGUCGUCCCGUCGCCAUGGUCCUAUCUCCGGUCUCCAAGCUCCGGGUCUUCCAGCUGCUCCUGUCCGGGUCCGGUCGCUCCUUCUACUGCAGCGGAGACAAAGUGUCCGGCUCCGUGCAGCUGGAAGCGGCUCAGCCCUGCAGCCUCACCGGGCUCAGGGUCACCGCCGCCGGCUGCGCCCGCACGGAGCCCCGCGGGGGGAAGAACCGGAGGAGUCGCGGACAGGAGGUGGAAUAUCUUAGGUACGAGGAGGAGCUGCGGCUGGAGGAGGCGCUGAGCACAGACUCAGACGGCUACUUCCUGCUUCCUCCAGGAAAAACCUUCAGUUUCCAGUUCGGCUUCGAGCUUCCUCCAGCCGGACGUCUGGUGUCGUCCUACAAAGGAAAGUUUGGUUCGAUUCGUUACUACGUGAGGGCGGAGCUACAGAGACCUUCCCAGAAUCCUUUGCAGUGUGAGACGGAGUUUGAGGUGGAGGAGCCUCUGGACGUAAACCGACCCGACCUCCUGGCUCCGGUGGCUGCAGCCGUCCAGAGGAAGGUGCGGUGUCUGUUCAUACCUGACGGCCAGGUGUCCAUCAGUGCUCAGAUCGAGAGGCGGGGGUUCUGUGAGGGCGAGGACAUCAGCAUCUUCGCCAAGUUUGAGAACACGUGUUCUCGUAUCGUCGUCCCCAAGGCCGCCAUCAUCGCCAAGCAGAGCUACGCCGUGGACGGACACACCAAGGUUUUCCGUCAGAAGCUGUCGGCGGUCCGGGGGAACCACAUCAUCUCUGGGAUGUGUGACAUGUGGCAGGGGAAGACGAUCCGAGUCCCGAAGCUGAGACCCACCCUGCUGGGCUGUGACAUCAUCAAGGUGGACUAUGCCCUCAUGAUCUACCUGCACAUCCCCGGCUCUGAGAAGUUGACCCUGGAGCUCCCCAUAGUGAUCGGUACUGUCCCGUUCAGCAGAACCAGCAGCGUUAGCAGCCAGGUUGGAUCGAUCGCUAGCUCCUCCACCCUCCCCUCGGCUCCGCCCAGCUACAGCAGCCUCCCCCACCAACACGCCGACGGCACGCCGCUGCUCCUCGACUACGAUGGCGUCGACGAUGACGACGAGGAGGGGGGGCUCUUCAUGAGAGAACCCCAACAGCAAUACCCCCCUCCCCCUGCGUACAGCGAGGUCGAUGAAGACGCCGUCAAUCCUUCUCACGUCGUUCAGGUUUUCUGAAGAUGAAGAUGAGUUCAUCAAACAUCUACAGGAGGAAGUGACAGAACCAGGGGGUGGAGUCUGAGAACAGAGAUGUAUGUUGAAACAGGAAGUUGUGUUUGUAAAUAUUUUGUAAAUAAGCAUUUAUAUAUUUUUUUUACGGAUUGAUGUUUUUAAAUGUUUGUUUUUAAAUAAACAAACUAAAACAGC